CUUCGAGAGAAAUUGAGAAGAGAGGAAGAGUACUUGGCCGGACUCUGGGAUUGACUUGUCCUUAGAUCGACUCCGCACGUUGCCAAAUCUCCUACUACUUUCCCGUCUCCGGCGUCAAUUAAUUGCUCUUAAUUCGAAACGCCGACUUAAUUCCGUCCAGUUUAUGGGUGACGUUUGCAUUUGGGCCUGUAAAGUAGGGCUCCCAGACCAAUUACGUCGUCUUGGGCCUGUGACGUUCGACCCGCGCGAUAUCGAAGCCGGCAAGCGGCAACAAUUCUUCAACUCUCUCUCAGAAUCGAGAUCGUCCAGAGCAAUUAUUUUCCUUCUUCCCAAAAUGACCUCGCCGGCAUUGUUGUUCCUCCGCCUCCGUCGCCUUCCCUUCCUCCGUCCGAUCGCCGCCCAUUCUCUCUCAACAAAUUCCACUUCGCAAUUCCAUUUCUGCGCUCCGGAGCCUCCACCACAGAGCUCUCCGGAAGUCGAUUCAACUGCUGUGUUGGAGAAGCUCAGGCUUAAGGCCAAUGACUGGAAAGCAGCUUUCGAUUACUUCAACUCAGUCGAGAGUCAGCACACGACGGAGAAUUUCAAUUACAUGAUCAGUAUUCUCGGUAAGUUCUUCGAAUUCGAGUUGUGCUGGAAAUUAAUCGAGAGAAUGCCGGGUUGUGGUGCGAUGCCUGAUCACGCCACUUUUCGAGCGAUGUUUAAGCGCUAUGUAUCUGCUCAUCUCGUCGAAGAAGCGAUCGCCGCUUACGAGAGGUCGCAGGAGUUCGAUCUCCGUGACGAGACUUGCUAUAGCUAUCUCGUCGACGCCAUGUGCGAGCAUAAACACGUUAGGGAGGCUGAAGAAUUCGUGUUUAAGGAGAGAUUUAACGACGAAAUCGCGGCAGGGAUGAUGAAUUCGACCAAGGUUCAUAAUAUAAUGCUGCGGGGUUGGGUUAAGAUGAAGUGGUGGGCGAAAUGUAGAGAGUUCUGGGAGGAAAUGGAUAGGAAAGGGGUGCGAAAGGAUUUGCAUUCCUAUUCGAUAUACAUGGAUAUAAUGUGCAAGAGUGGGAAGCCGUAUAAAGCUGUGAAAUUGUACAAGGAGAUGAAGGUGAAGGGGAUAAGGUUAGAUGUUGUGGCUUAUAAUACUGUGAUUCUAGCCAUUGGCAAGUCCGAGGGUGUGGAUUCUGCAAAGAGGGUUUAUCGCGAGAUGACGGAGAUGGGUUGUGAACCAAAUGUUGCGACUUGCAGCACUGUGAUAAAACUUUUGUGUGAGAAUUCGAGGAUGGAGGAAGCAUUUGAGAUGCUAGAGAAUAUGGGCCGGAAAGGUAUGCAGCCGGAUGUGAUUACUUAUCAUUCUUUCUACCGGUGUCUUGGAGAUCCAAAGAAAAUCCUCUGGCUUUUCGAUAGGAUGUGUGAGGAUGGGGUUCAGCCAACGAUGAGUACCUUUGUGAUGCUUAUAAGGAAGUUUGGAAAGUGGGGGUUUCUUAGGCCUGCAACUAUUGUUUGGUCGAAAAUGGUUGAACUUGGGCACAGUCCAGAUGAGUCUGCUUACAAUGCUUGGAUUGAUGUUUUGAUUGAUAAAGGGUUGCUGGAUGAAGCUAGCAAGUAUGACGCAGAGAUGCUUGAAAAGGGGCUCUCUGCUAAGCCAAGGAAAGAGUUCGUUAGGCCUGUGGAAGGAUAAUCCUUGCGUACACAUAUUAAAAUGUGUUAAACUGUGCAGUAAGCAUGGCAAGGAAUCUCUUCUUGCAGAGAACAUUUGAUAACUCAAAACCUUAAGCCAAGGGGAUUUCCCUGUUUGCCCGUCGGUGCCAAGCUACUCUGAGAAUGUAGCUUUCUGUGAAGGUAUGCCUUCAAAUUUCAUAUUGAUUCCCCAAGUCAAAUGUUUCUUUUUCUUGCUACUUGUGCAAUUACUAACUUCUGAGUACGUUUCCUCUCUGAUUUUCAGAUGAUUGACGAUUCUAAGGAGGAGUGCAUAUAGAGUUCAACUUUGCUGAUGCAUGAAAGGCGGCCUGCUAAUUCUGCAAAUUGCAUGCACGAACAAGGGCAAACCUGAUCUGUCUGGUUCAGAGAAGAGGGGUUUUCCUGUGAAAACCUGGAGAUAAUUCUUUUUAUCUCCAUCCAUAUCUUGGUAUUUCUUAGUUGAAUAUAUAUAAAGAUGUUCCCUCAGGAAGAGAAUGGCAUUCACUGUAGCAUAUUAUCUGGGUACAUCCACGUUCUACAUGGUUCAACUUUAGUUCUUCAGUUAAGUACAUUUUGACAGUCUUCCAAACUUGGCAGCCUCACUAUUUCUCAUCACAUGCGGACAGAAGAUGGACAAUCAGCUAUGCUCCAUUAGACACUCCCCUCUGAAUUUGGUCCUCUAUUUCUGGCUGGUUGGUUGGGUUUCCUAUCUUCAAGUCUUGUUCGGGAUUUGCUUGGUGAAACUGAAGUUAUAUUGCUUCAUAAGCACACUACUUAUUAUAUCACAUAGCCGUGGACUUACACGACACGCUCUCUUGAAAUCUCAAAACGAUGGUGGACAGUUCCUGAAGUCUCAAGAAUCAGGUAGGUACUAGAACUGUAGUUGUAUGAUAGAUAGUUACCUAAUGAGAUUGUUUUAGAUAAUGCAAAUGCCAGAAAUCAUGACUUGCUUAACAGUACAUAAGCUACAUUUAUUGACUGCGUGAUGGUUUGAGAAGAAGGCUGUUGCUUCUGUGCAUUCAGAUAGAUAGAUGUGAGGACCUGCGGGGUUUAGUAAAGAUCCAGGUGCUCCAGCACCCUCGGAGCCUGGAUCUGGAGAGCGGCUAAUCUCUGCUCUGGCCUGACGGUUGACCCAGGCUGACUGGAAGCCAAUAUCAGGGUUGCUGAUUUCUGACCCAGCAGUCGCCUUAUGUCUUGGUGCACAGCAGCCAUGGGAGAGACCCUUGCCUCUGGUUCACAUGGCCGAUAAGCAGAAGCACAAACUCCCCACAUUUCAACCUGCGUAAGCGGAAGGAGGAAGAUAGAAGAAUAGAUCAGUAUCGAUAGCCAUUGUUCAGUUAACUACUGCAACUGCACACUGAGAAUAGUUCACAUCCGAUAUUUGGACAAUCAAAGCAAACGAAACAA